AUGCACCGAGUCUCACAGCUGAUGUCAGUAACGGAGAAUGUGGGUAUGCUUUACAACAUUGGUUGUUCAAUGGAUAAAUAUAUCAACUUGAGGAAUCUACUUGUCAAAGACCGACCGCAGAUCAAAUUUGGCACGUCAGUCUUCCACACCUAUGUACACAAUUGGAUGUGCCAGUUGGACUAUCACCCUCAUUUCAAUAAGGGCUGGGGGCUGUUGGAUGGAGAAGGAUUGGAAUUUGGACAGUGGGCAGCUCAAAGAGCAUUUCAAGCUGACCACACUGAUGUUGAAGAUCACCGGAUGAAGAAAAUGGCAAACAUUUAUGAGCAGGAAAAUGUCAUUGAUCUUUUGAGUUUUUUUAUCAACCAACAUCUUGCCCUCAGGAAUUGGUUACGUAACCCCAGAGUAUCUCUAGCCUCAGAGGUGGAAGUCCGGGAGCUGCUGGACUUGAUUGAGAGCCGAGAGACAGCCUUUGCUAGGUGCUUGGAACACCGGCUCACGUUUGGGGACUAA